UUCGUGCAUUUGACUUGAUUCGAUUAAUUUAAAUAUUAUUUUGUUAUCUCGGGUUUUUUAUUCGUAUCCUCUUUAUUAUUGCAAAAAUGAAACUCCUCUUAGCUGUGGUCGGUUUGGUGUUGAUCGGUAUCGCAACUGCCAAGGAUGUCGAAGUGAUUUCGAAUGAGGCCAUUGUGGAACAUGAUGGCAAAUAUCAUUACCACUACGAGUUGGGAGAUGGUUCGAAGGCAACACAAGAUGGCAUUUUGAAACACGUUGAUGACAGCCACGAGGGUGAAGCAAUCCAGGGAAGAUUUGCAUUCGUUUCCGAUGAUGGUGAGGAAUAUUCCAUUUCCUAUACCGCCGAUGAGAAUGGCUAUCGCCCCGUUGGCGCUCACUUACCCACACCACCACCAAUUCCAGAAUCAGUAUUGAAAACCUUAAAAUAUUUGGAAGAACAUCCCUAUAAUCCAGAAAAUGAUCAAAAGAAACAUCGUUAAAAACCGGAUCCCAAUAUGUAUUUUUUUAGUCAAUAACAAAAACAAAAAGAGGAAAUGUGAUCUAAAGCGUUAUACGAAAUAAAUAAAAAUAGUAUUGCUGUUAGGGUGAAAAUCAUACGCACAACCAUACAUACACACCAAUGCAUAGCAUAUAAAUCCCACACAUAUAUUUACAUACAUAACUAAGCACAUCUAUAGAAUUAUUCGACUGAUAAUAAACAAAGAAUGAAAAACAUUAUUAAAA